AUGGCGCCGAAAAAUCUUCGCAACACAUACACGCCGCCUUCGAGCCCACACCUCAAGCCCAUCAUCAUCUGUGGCAUCGUAAUGGCCCUUGCCGCUGCUCCUACCCCCGCCAUACUUCAUCCUGGUAACCUUAACUCACCGCUUCCGGAAAACGUUGCUACAGCUGGACGAUGGAUUCAGACUGGGUUGUUCUACUUCCUCUACGGCGCUCACGCAGUUGAGACACUCAUGUUCAUGAAGAGAUUGAAAGAGCAUGGUGUUGGUUUCUUAAGCGCAGCGUGGUUGAAGUGGGUAGCGACGUGUUUUGUCGGAGGAAAAUUCUGCUUCGAGCACUUUGAUGGUUUGGUAGGAAAGAAGGCGUAG